AUCGGGGUUGAGCGAACCAUUUUUAUCUGCUCCUUGCCACAUGACGUGUGAAAUCUUGUGUUUGGGAUUAUUACCAGGUUAUUUUUAUAAAAAACAAUGACGAGCAGAGAAAGAACAAAGAGGACCAGAACCAGAGCUACAGACCUUACUUCAUAUGGUUUGGAAAAUAAAGUCGAGAUUGAUGAACAUCAAAAACAACGAAGACGGGCUCUCCAAGCACGUCAUCGAGCCACCUUAGCUAGCCUGUUCGAUUCUUUAAAAACAGUCGUCUGUCCAGGCAGCAAGAAGACUCCUGCAAAGUGGAAGAUUCUGGAUCAUGCCAAAGGAUACCUCAAAGAGAAGGAGAUGUGCCUCAACUAUUUGCUCUCUUUGAAACGGUCUUACCUGGGGAGAGAGGAAGGGCCCAAUAGUUUGCAGGACGUGAAAGAGCAUUUCCGAAGCCUCUGCUCCAAUUGCGUCCUGGAGCCCUCCAGCAGGCGAGGCCGGUACCGGUGCCCAGUGUUGCCCAACGUGGAGGAGGAGGAGGUGGCCCCGGAGGAGAGCGGCAGCGAGAUCUCCCCCGAUGACCCCGCCGACGAGACGCCCUUCUCCCAGUCCUCGGACCUCUCGGCCUCCAACAUCCAGGAGUUUGAAGGGUACUUGUACUUCUACCGGCAGACGCUGGAGCUGCUGGUGCGUAGCGGGGUCCUGGCUCCGGAGCAGACGGGCCUGGCCGUGGUGUCGGAGGCCAUCUCGGGCCUGUGGGGCAACCUGCCGCCGGAGCGCCGCGCCGCCUUCCAGCAGUGCACCCUGGGAGCCAGCCCCUACGCCUGGAUGGGCUGCUGCUUCCUGAAGCAGGAGGCGCCGGCCGAGGAGGACUGCUCCCCGGAGUCCUCCCAGCUCCCCAGCCAGGAGGAGGCGUCCACGUCCUCCAUGCUGCAGGAGGACCUGCUCCAGGAUGCCUAUGACGUGGUGAGGAAGGACAUGGACUCCAGCUCGCUGCCCAGCCCUGAGCUGCCGCCAUCAUCCGGAGGAGAUUUCGAGAGGCUGAGGGAGAUCUACAAGGACAUCAUGGGUUUUGUGAAGGGCCACAUGUCCACAGAGCUGGAGUUCACUGAGGAGCUGUGCAUGACUGCAGAGUACCAGGAGCUUUUCCUCAAGUGCGCAGAGAGCUUUGGAGAGCCGUUGCCGCCCCCGUUGCUAUGACCCCCGCCAACCCUCUGCCUCGUUCCCUCUACUUAUCUGGUGGAUGUUGAUUUUUUAAGAGCACUCGUUAAUUGUGUUGUCGAACCCAUCUAGAUGAUGUAGAAGUCCGGAAUGUUAACAGGCUUUGUUUUUUUAUGUGUUUUUUAAAUAUGUGGCCAUGUUCACAACUAAAUCUUAUAUUAUGACGUUUUCCUCAGUUGAUGUGUUGGCAUACUUGUUAUGUGUGGCAGCGGACAUGUUUUUCUUAAUAAAUGCAUCCUUUUGAAAA